UUUAAGAUUAUUAUUUAUUGAAAUUUACACCAUGGAAGAGACCAAAGGAGCUAAUCUCUCUAUGAGCGAUGCCCAGACAAUUAGUAAUGAUGACUCAAACAUUAAAGCUAUAUGCAGGUUUAGGCCUCUCACUGGAACGGAGAGGGGUAAAGGAGGUAGCAGCGUGUGCUGUGAGUUGGACACCUCUCAAAAUUCGGUGUCUAUAAACUUAACUAAGAAAUAACAAUAAAUAUACUGGGCCUACAACUUUCUCCUUUGAUAGAGUCUUUGACUUAGGUGCUAGCCAGAGAGAUAUCUAUGAAGCAGCUGCCGAGCCUAUAAUCAACAGUGUUUUGCAAGGUUUUAAUGGUACCAUAUUAACCUAUGGCCAAUCUGGCUCUGGAAAGACCUUCACAAUGCAUAGUUCAGAGACUGGUGGAGUCCAGAACCAAGGAAUUCUUCCUAGAAUAGUUUCAACACUCUUCAGCAGGAUUGAGAAUAUGACAGAAAAUAUUGAAUUUUCUAUAAAAAUCUCCAUGCUGGAGAUUUUUCAGGAUAAAAUCUGAGAUUUACUAGAGAAAUCUAAAGUUGAUCUCCAAGUUAAACAAACUUCUGAAAAAGGAACCGUAGUUGAAAACUUAACAGAGAAAUACAUCGGCUCUAGUGACGAGAUCUAUGAUGCACUCAAAAUUGGGGAUCAUCUGAAGACUGAUAAAUCACAUGUUAUUUUCAUAAUGAACGUGGAUCAGACAAAUGCUGAUACUGGCUCUGGUAUCUCUGGAAAGCUCAUUUUAGCAGACCUAGCAGGAACUGAGAAAAAUUCAAGUAAAGGUUCACAAGGAUCUGAAUCAGAUGAUAUGAAAGGAAUAGAAAAAUCACUAUCAAUUCUCAGAAGAGUAACCAAUGCUUUGGCAGAGGAAAAUCAUACUGAUGUUCCUUACCAAGAUUCCAAACUAACCCAAGUACUCUCAGAAUCUUUCGGUGGGAACACAAAAACCAGUGUUAUCAUCACAUGCUCUCCUUCUCCAUGGCAUGAACUUGAAACAAUGUCAUCUCUCAGAUUCGGAUCUAUAGCCCGUACUAUCAAAAACACUCCUAAAAUCAACAAACUCCACUCUCAGACCGAACUCUCAUCCCUCCUAAAUGCCGCUGAGGUAAAAAUAAGUGCUCUUGAUGCUUACAUCACCCAAAACAAUCUACCUCAGCCCAAAAUCCCCCCAAAAUCUCCUUCAGCACCAGCUCUACCCAACCAUCAGCCCCAAUCUACCACUCAGCCAGGACUAUCCAGCUUCAUCGACCAGAGCCCCGACCAAGAAGCUCUUAAAACUCUUGAACAAAAGUUAUAGCACAACAAGAGAGGACAGAUGAGUGCUUGAAGACAAUAAACAGGCUGAAAGAAGAUAUUCAGGUUUUGGAAGGAAGAAUUGAGGUAUUAGAAGAAGAAAAGUUGAAGGUGGAACUGGAAAAAGAGGGGUUCAUGGGAAAAUAACUCACUUAUGUUCAAGCUGCAAGGGUCCAUAGAUCUUGCAGAGGAGAGACAUGAAAUUAUUAAGCUACAAGAAGAGAAGAUUAAGGUGAAGGAUAAAGAAGUUGAGGUUUUUAAGGAGAAAGUUAUGGAGCUUAUGGUCAAGCUUAAGAAAUAUGAAAAUGACAAAGCACCCGGAAGCGAUCCUAAGGAGAUAACGAAUAGUUCUAUAAGGUUAAAGAAAGAAAUCAUGGCUUUAAGACAUAUUAUGAACCUUAAAGAUGAAAUAUUGAGUAAACUUAAACUUACAGAAGAUCUUACGGAUGAAGAUAGGAACAAAAUUAUUAUUAAUACCCGUAUGCUUGAAGAAAUAGAAAAAGCAUCUAGUAAGUAUACUAAAAUCCCUACAAAAAUGGUGCUUGUAAAAGAGACAGAUACAGACACUCUCUCAUUAAGCGAGAGUGAGGUUGAACAAAUAGUCAUCAACCAAAAGAUGAUCCAUGCACGUAUUGAGGAAGAACUAGCCACAAAGCGCUCAAUGAGGAAAGAGAUUGAAGACAUCAAGUACCAAGAUGAAGACCAACUCACAAAGGAAGUUGUGCAAGCUAAAAUGAACGAAAUGAAGGAAAGCUUUGACAAAGAAAGAGAGCAUCUCCUCAGUGAUCUCGGCAACAGAACCCAAAAGGUCAAGCAACUUGAAAUGGAACUUGAAAUCCAAAGAGAAGAAUAUAAGAAGUUAGAAAAGUCUCUAACUGAAGAAGAGUUUUCAAUGAAAAUACAGAUAGAGCAACUCCAGAGACAAGUUGAUCAGAUGAAUCUUAUGUAUCAUCAUGAGGUAUCCAGUAACAAUGUGUUGAAAGUUGAUGUUCAGCUGUAUGAGAAAAAGAUACUUAAGAGAGACCAAAGAAUAGCUACACUGGAAAAAUCAUAUAAGACUUUGAGUGAGCAAGCUCAAGAGAUGAAAAGUGAACUUAUGAAUGCCCAAAAGCAAAUGAUAAAGCUAGAAACACUCAGAAGAGAGUCAUUGGUGCUUUCUAGGAUUCCUACACAAGCAAAGAUGAUUAAAAGGAUUAAAACAGGAGUCAAACCUAGAGAGAUUCAGAAAGACUACAGAAACAAAAUUGUUGAGCGAGUCAUUGGAGAUCCUUUCAACUCUUCAGAAUAA